AUGAGGUUAAACUCUAUCUUCACGUUGUCGAACUUGACCUGUUGUUUGUUUUUUUUUUCCGAAAACUGGCAUCCCUCUAUCUAUCCCAGUGAACUUUGUCAGAAAUUAGGAAACUUUCGUUUCAUUUGCAAACGCCGUUGUAUUUUUAUUCUACUUUUCUCUCUAUCUCUCCAUUUCUUUCUCGCUCUCUCUUUAUCUUUCUUUCUCUCUCUCAUUCUUUCUUUCUAUCUCUCUGUUUCUCUUUCUCACUCUCUUUCUCGUUAUCUCUUUCCAUCUCUUUCUCUAUGUUUCUCUUUCUCUAUCACUUUCUCUCUAUUUUUUCUUUCUUGCCCUCUUUUUCUUUCUCUGUUUCUAUCUUUCUCUGUUUCUAUCUUUCUCUUUCUAUCUUUUUCUCCCUUCCUCUUUCUUUCUCUCUGUGUCUUCCUAUUUGUUUUCUUUUCACUAUUUUUUUUUGUCUCUUAUAUUUUGCUAUUCUAUUUUCCUAUAAUUUUUUUUCAUCCUUUCUUUUUUUCUCUUUUGUUUUUAUUGGUUGUCUUUUCCUUUUUUUUUCUUUACCUUCUUUUAUCUCUUUUCAUUUCUUUCCUUUUUUUCUUUUCUUUCCCUUUCCUUUUCUCCUUACUUUUCCUCCUCUUUCCUCUUUUCUUUACCUUUCUAUUCUCUUUUCUUUUCCUUCCUUUUCUCACUUAUUUUCCUUCACUUUUCCUCCACUGUGAAACUAUUCUACACCAACUUUUCUCUUUCAUUUUUCUUCCUAUUUCUCUUUUCCGUUUUCUUCUUCCUUUUCUUCCAUUUUCUCUUUUCUUUUCCUCCCCUUUUCACUUUCCCUUUCUUUUUCUAUUUUCUUUUCCUCCUCUCUUUUCUUUUUCUUCCUUUUUCCCCUUUUCUUUUCCUUCCCUUUUGAUUUUCUUUUCUUUUUCUCUUCUCUUUUCUUUUUUUCUCUAUUCUUUUCAUUCCUUUUUCUCUUUUCUUUUUCUUCUUUCAUUCCUGUUUUUUCUUGCUGUUUUUUUCCUACUUUUUAUCUACUUAUAUUCAUCUUUCUUCACUUUCCACAUUCUUAUUUUUUUUCCUUUAUAUAAAUUCCGUUCAUUUCAUUCCCUAUCUAUCCUUGGACAUAUUUAUCUCCCUCAUACUUAUCUAUCUAUCUAUCUAUCUAUCUAUCUAUCUAUCUAUCUAUCUAUUUUUUACAGUCCCUAUUGCAACACAACUUUUUUAUUUAACUUUUAUAUAUCUUUCUUUUUUCCAAAUAUCUAUCUAUCUAUCUAUCUAUCUAUCUAUCUAUCUAUCUAUCUAUCUAAUUCUAUUCCUUAUACCACUAUCUAUGCCUGUCUGUCUGUCUGUCUGUCUGUCUGUAUCUAUCUAUCUAUCUAUCUAUCUAUCUAUCUAUCUAUCUAUCUAUCUAUCUAUCUGUCUAUCUAUCUCCUAGCCUCUUAUAUUAUUCGUAUUUUGUUCCUAUUAAUCUUGCGUGAAUCUGAUGAGUUCAUCGGGGCUCAAAAUUUGACAAGUCAUUUCCCAUAUUCAAUCCUUUCUUAUCUUCCGUUCACAAAAAUAUAA